AUGCCUUUUGGGAUAUCAUACGACGUUGUUACUACGUUAUCGCGCUGGAGCAUCCAUAGCUUUUAUAGAGAAAUUAAAGUUGUUGGGCGUGAAAAUGUGCCAAGAGAAGGUCCGCUUAUUGUUUGUUCAACACAUAGUAACAUGAUCGUUGAUCCGGCCGUACUUGCUGUUACAUUCCCUCACCAUAGAAAAAUACAUUUCUGGGCAAAAAAUUCUCUUUUUGCUAAUAAGUUCACAAGACCUAUUUUGGUGGGUGGAGGUGUUGUCCCAGUAGAUCGAACUACUAAGAAUAACAAAGCAUUAUUCUCUUCUACAUUGGAGGUUUUGAAACUCGGUGAAAUUGUCGCUGUAUUUCCAGAAGGCACGUCUCAUUCUGAAUCUCGAUUGAUGGAGUUAAAGGAUGGUGCGUCUUGGGCUGCAUUGGAAUAUGCAUCACACAUCACGCAGCAAGAACAUACUGAAGAAUCAAAUAGCGACGAUGAUAUUGUCAUUAUCAAAAAGCGAAAUGAAAAACAAAUUACAAUUAUUCCGUGUGGGAUAACAUAUGUGCAAAAAUCAAAGUAUAGAAGUUCAUUGAUAAUAGUAUACGGUUCGCCCAUACAAAUUGAUCCGUAUCUUAAGGAUUUCCUUCUUGAUAAUCGGGUCGCAGUUAAAGCAUUGACAAAACGCAUUGAAUCUGAAAUAGAAAAAUUAACAAUAAAUGCUUCUAAUUGGGAUAUUUCUAAUGCUGCUUCAAUGACUCGAAUGCUUUAUUUUUCUGAUGACAAGCGUGUUCCACUUGAAGAUUAUGUGAAAGUUACACAAAGUCUCAUUAAUUUUUUCGCAAACACAACAUCUGAAGAAGUAACAACAUUAAAAAAUUUACUUAACCAAUACAAGACCUCUCUGGACGCAUUUCACCUCACAAAUAAUGAUAUUUCAAGAUACGAGAAGCAUAACCUCACAUUGCCGUGGGCUUUAUAUUCGUUUUUAUGCGAAUUGUUCAAAUUUUCUAUUCAAUUACCAUUUUUUUUACCAGGUCUCUGUUUUCAUUGGCCAAUUUACGUUUUGGGUAAAGUUUCAGUAAAAUUCGAAAAAUAUGAAGAAUCAAGAGCGCAAAACAAAAUUAUGUUAGGCUUAGUCUGGCUGAUAAUGGCUUAUACUGCGUUGUUCGUCUUUAUUUGGAGUAUGUGGUUUUUUACACCUAUAGGGUUAAUGUUCUCAUUUGGAUCAGUAGUCAUCUUUGCUUGGUAUCAUGUUGCUCUUGUUGAUAGCCAUUACGAUACCUUUAAAGAAUUGAUUGCAUCAUUUAGAUUAUUAUCAGCCCUUAGUGGCGGCAGAGGUAGUAAAUCAAGAGACAUGAUAGAACAUCUUGUAGCAACACGUAGGCUAUGUUUGGAUAGUUUAAAGAAAGUCAGUGAAGAUUAUAGAAGUAAAAGCGACGAUUUAAGAUUAGCAUUAGAGAUCAGUGAAAGAGAACAAUUAAAUGAUGGGCUUAAUGGGUUAUAUGACAAAAAAUCAGUAUAA